AUGGCUGACGGUAUUGAAAAAUUAACAGAAGUUCCAGUUGAAUUUUUUAAAGAUGGUUCAGCAUUUGUUAAAAAGUGUUCAAAACCAGAUCAAAAAGAAUAUUUUAAAAUUAUUAAAGCUGUCGGUAUUGGUUUCAUAAUGAUGGGUAUUGUUGGUUAUGCUGUUAAAUUAAUUCAUAUUCCAAUUAGAUACUUAAUUGUAUAA